CGGAACCACAAACCCGUUCAAACGACUUUAUUGGUUUCACCUGGGGGCCGACCAUAGACGCAUUCGACGGUCCCAUUCAAUCGCCGCGUAGUCCGCACGUGCAUAGUGCCCAGAGCUCUGGAAAACGACCCAUCUUUAACUCACAAUCCCGGAUCACUCCUCAAUCCAAUAUAUCUCCAAAAUACCAAAAGGCCACAUCUAGUCUGAUGACACCUGUCCGUGCGUCGUCCAGCCAGCCACAACAACCGCCUCCGAGCACGAUUCGUCGUACUGUCGGCGGAACGGCGAGGAAGGCUGGGGUCACGCGAGAGCUCUCAGAAGUGGAAGCACUGAAACAAAUGGGAGAUUGUGUUCGAGCUAGCGCUAGGAAGCGUUUAAGUGAAGGAACCGGAAGAGGUUCCGUCGCUGCUCCAUCCACUGGAAGUGGUGCGAGGCGUAGAUCUAGUUGGGUUCGGAUGACACUAGACUUUGAAAAUCUCGGAAAUAAUGAAGAUGAAGAAGAUGGAGGAAAGAGCGGAUAUGGAGAUGAGGGGGGAGGCGGCUUAAGAAUCUUUGUCAAGGACAGGAAGAUGCGCACAGCGAGUAUUGGUAGUCGAAAGCGUCUAUGGUCGGCCCCCAG